AUGAACCUCCAUGAUCUCACUAUGCUCGUACACCAAGAAAUAAAGGCACCCACACUCAUGCUUCGGUCCAUCAUCGAGGAAGUGCUCGUUGACGUCGGACGAAAAGUUGCGAAAGGCCAUAACCCCUUAUCGAUCGCGAACGACUAUUCUUCACCGUGCCCCUAUGGCUAUAAAGAUAUGGGAGUUGGUAUUUGCAAGAUAGACCCAACAAGUCCAGGGACAGUCACCAAUGGAAUGAACUCAAGAGGUACAAAUCUGAAGGUCGAUGCAAGCUGUAAUGAAUUGGAUCUGACAAAUCUAGGAAUUGUAGCCAGAUUAGACUUAGCGCACACAUGUGCGUUGGAGUGGAUUAGUCCAAAUUCUAACUCAAGAUACCCGUGUCCAGAAGGCUGGAACCUCGAUAACGAUCGGAUAUGCAAGUCUGUGGUUCCGGCAAAGUAUUCAUGCGAUGAGAUCCCGUAUAGUCCCUUCCAGGAUAUUCGAAUGGUAAAUUCUUUAAUUUGUAAAGCGCCCCUAAUUCAAGAUCUCUACGGAGAAAGCUCGCCUGCUUGCCUUAAAGGUAGUUGCGGGCUGUUCGUCAAGGAGGGGACCGGCUCAAUUGCGCUAGACGAUCCCACUCCAUGGAUCCGGGGAGGGAUUCGAAGCUAUGAUCAUUACAGUUCUAUUGCGGACUCAUUUCUGCAACAGAUAAAUGGUCUUGAUUACGACCAGCUCAAACAAUUGGUGGAAUCUGGCGCAAGUGAACCGUGGUUUAAACAAGCAGGAAUUUAUGUUAGUUCGGAUACAUCCGUUUGCCCACAAGGCUAUUCUCCUAUUGAGCAGGCUUCUCGGGUCUGUAUAUUUACCGGCGGAGGUACCAAUGGAGGUACCAAUGGAGAUACCGACGGAGAUACCGAUGGAGAGCAGCUAACGCCUUCCAAGUGUCCUUUAAGCUUCCGUCAACAAGAUGACAUUAUACUCAAGACUCUCCUUUACGGCAUUUGCCAAUUUACCGAUUCGCUCACCUCGGAAGCUUCUCAGGGAGACGCCACAUUGUCCGAAACCACGUUGGGUCGCCACGACUCCACUGCUGGCGUCCAAAUACCUUUUGGUCAGCGACUUCACAUGUCGGCAGAUAUUGGCCCCGUCGAAGACAACACGGGAGAAGUCUAUACCGGAUUGCCGAAUGUCCAAGACCCGAAUAUCAAAUAUGACAACCUCAUCUUUGAACCCCCUCUUACGUUCCUCGACUUGAAGACGAUCCAACUGCCGCUUCAUGAUUUUGGGGUAUUUCGUUGGCCCACGUUCACCAAGAAAGGAAUAUACAAGAGUAUGGCGCUACUAAGUGAGAAAGAAAGGUUCUACGAAGACGAUGAGGCUUGCGAAAAAGACUUCGAUGCGCCGUGUCCAGAGAGUACGUUUGUAUGUCACUAA